UAGUUAAUUAGAAUACAUGAUUAACAAAUGAGUGGGAUUUUGCUUGUCCCAAAGCGAAAUUUAUCUGAAAAUGUGUCGUCUUGAGAGAGUAGUUGAGAUUCUUGCUGUUCUCCAACUAGAAGAUUAAUUUAUAAAAAGAACGAAUUAAAGGGAGGAAAGAUGGAUCAAAAACGAGAUCUCCUUUUUCGAUAUACGAAUAAUUGUUUUUUAAUCAGUCUCUUUCUCAUCAUUUAGGAUUCCAAUUCCUUCCUCUUUCCUCUCUCUUUUUCUCUCCACAUUCUCUUUAGAAAGAGAGAGGUUUUGGUUUCUUCUGUGAUUGUUCUUUUCAGAGCUUUCUUCACCAGUGUGGUCUAUAAUGGCGUCGUCAGAGAAGUCUACCUCCAAGGGCCAAGCAUGGUUCUGCACGACUGGAUUACCUAGCGACAUUGAAAUCGAAGUUGAUGAUAUGACGUUUCAUCUCCAUAAGUUUCCUCUCAUGUCAAAGAGCAGGAAACUUCACAGGUUGAUUACAGAGCAGGAGACUAGAUCAUUUUCUUCUGUAAAUCCCCAAACCUCCACGGCGCUAACUCUAGUAGUAGCAGAGAGCGAUAAGAAGGGAAAAGGCCAUGAAAUCGAGGAUGAAGAAAAAGAAGAAGAAGACGAGCAGGAGAUUGAAGAAAACGGUUUUCCUCACAUAAAGCUUGAAGACUUUCCCGGGAGCUCAGAGAGCUUCGAGAUGGUGGCAAAGUUCUGCUACGGCGUCAAGAUCGACCUCUCCGCCUCCUCUGCCGUUCCGCUUCGCUGCGCGGCCGAGCAUCUCGAAAUGACGGAAGAGUAUUCGCCGGAUAACCUUAUUUCGAAGACUGAGAGGUUUCUUUCGCAUUCCGUCUACAAGAGCUUGCGAGAAUCCAUCAAGGCGCUGCAAGCUUGCGAGUCAGUGUCGCCUUCAGCAGAAUCGCUUGGUAUAACGGAACAGUGCAUAGAGUCCAUCGUCUCCAGAGCUUCCUCAGUCGAUCUUUCACUCUUCGGUUGGCCCGUAAACGACGGCGGCGGCGGCCCUGAUCUUUCGCUUAUUCCCGGUGGCGCGUCGAAAUCUGCUAAGAAACAGAAUAGGGAUAAUACGAAUACGGAGCUUUGGUUUGAAGAUCUGGCGCAGCUGAGCCUUCCCAUCUUCAGAACGGUGAUCCUCUCAAUGAGAUCGGAAGAUCUGAGCUCAGACGUCAUUGAGAGCUGUUUGAUUUGUUACGCUAAGAAGCAUAUUCCAGGAAUCUUGCGAUCUAACCGAAAACCGUCGUCCUCUUCAACCGCAGCUUCUGAGAACGAACAGAGAGAAAUACUCGAGACGAUAACCUCUAAUCUUCCGUUAGAUAAGAGCUCCAUCUCCGCAACGACGAGGUUCCUCUUCGGGCUAUUACGAACGGCCAUCAUCCUCAACGCGUCGGAGACUUGCCGCGAUCUACUGGAGAGGAAGAUCGGAUCGCAGCUAGAGCGAGCCUCGCUCGACGAUUUGCUCGUCCCUAGCUAUUCCUACCUCAACGAGACGCUAUACGACGUCGAUUUGGUGGAGAGGAUCCUUAGCCACUUUCUCGACUCCUUGGAGGAACGAUCGAGCACCGCUCUAGUCGAAGCUGACGGACGGUCUCCGUCGCUGAUGCUAGUCGGGAAAUUAAUCGACGGAUUCCUCGCGGAGAUCGCGUCGGACGCCAAUCUCAAAUCGGAAAAAUUCUACAACCUAGCCAUCUCGCUCCCGGAUCAAGCUCGACUCUACGACGAUGGACUCUACAGAGCUGUCGACGUAUAUCUCAAGGCGCAUCCAUGGGUAUCGGAAGAAGAGAAGGAGAAGAUAUGCGGCGUGAUGGAUUGUCAAAAACUCACGUUAGAAGCGUGCACACACGCCGCGCAGAACGAGCGACUUCCACUACGAACCGUCGUGCAAGUCCUCUUCUUCGAGCAGUUGCAGCUCCGCCAGGCGAUCGCCGGUACGCUACUCGCGGCUCAAUCGCCGUCUCCGUCUCAGUCAACGGAGCCGAGACCGUCAGCAACAAGGAAUCUAACGAUAGCGGAGGUGGUCAACGGCAACGAAACGAGGGGAGGAGAAGAGGUGGACGCUGGGAAAUGGAAGAAGACGGUGAGAGAGAAUCAGGUGCUUCGAUUGGAUAUGGAUACGAUGAGGACGCGCGUUCACCGGCUAGAGAGAGAGUGCUCGAACAUGAAGAAAGUGAUCGCCAAGAUCGAUAAAGUAGGUUCGCCGGCGACGACGGCUACAGAUCGGCCGAGAAGUUGGUCCAUCACGAAAAAGUUCGGAUGCAAAUUCAAGACGCAGGUCUGCGAUUCGCAAGAGGCAACAGUGGUGGAUCACAGAUCCCGACGGGUUUGAUCGAUGAAUUUCUAGUACAGAAUCAGGAAAGCAUAUCGUGAUGAUGAUGAUGAUUCUUGGAUUGUUUUUUUAAUUUAAUCCGUGCAGAUGUCUUGCUAUGUUCUAUACGAAUGUGAAACGUUCUGAGUUUUGUUUUGUAUAACCAAAAUAAACGUAUCUGAAUUAGCAAA